ACACAUGCGUACACACACACAAACCUAGUGAUUCAACUCUGAUUCCCAGCGAACGAGCAAGCAACAGACGGGAUGCCAAAAAGUGAAGAGCGGUGGAGAGGUUUUACGCGCUGAGUGAACCUCCUGACAAGAUAGCCGGGGAAACAGAGGUAACUAAACAAGACGAGAAGCAGCGCCGCUUCUCCGCGGCAAGUUGCGCGCAGGCAGAGCCAGAGUUUGAGCUUCAGUAUUGUUCUGACUUCACUCCAGAGGGGCCACUCCGAGGAGAGAGGACGCACACAAAAGGGGAAAAGGAAAGGACUAACGAGCACGCUUUGUCGCUUUUAAAGUAAUGCUCCUCCGGUCUUAGAUCCUAGAUUUCUUUGUCUCUCCCUCUCUUUCCUCUAUUUUUUUUUUUCAUUUUUAUUUUUUUUUAUUUUUGUUUUUUUUCGUCCCGUCGGUUUUGCGUCCCCCUUUUGUCGCCACGAGAGAGUGGACGGGGGACCCGGGGAGCAGAAGCGGGCUGUCCACAUGCUCCAACCGCUGGCGUGAAAGUUGACUUCUUCAGAGACCAAGAGAACAGAUCAAGACGCAUUGAGAAGAAAACGCUGCCGAACAGUGUGUGUGCUUAGAGGAGUUGCAUCCAUGUGCCAGUGAUGAUGGUGGAAUCAGCUUCUGAGACCAUUCGAACGACACCGUCCAACCAGAAUGGAGUCAGCAGCCUCAGCAGCCAAUCAGACGGAGGGGGAGGCAGAGAGGGUGGGUCCAACGGAGACACUAAUGGAGAGAUCAGCCCGGUUGAUUUACUGCACCUGCAGCAGCAACAGGCACUCCAGGCAGCCAGACAGUUCCUCCUCCAGCAGGCCUCUGGACUCAACUCCCCUGGCAGCAACGAGGUCAAACAGAGUCCCGUGCAGGUGCCUGUGUCCAUGGCCAUGAUGAGUCCACAGAUGAUCACUCCUCAGCAGAUGCAACAGAUUCUGUCUCCACCUCAGCUGCAGGCCCUGCUGCAGCAACAGCAAGCUCUUAUGCUACAACAGUUACAGGAAUAUUACAAGAAGCAGCAGGAACAGUUACACCUCCAGCUUCUGACUCAGCAGCAGCAGCAGCAGCAGCAGCAACAGCAGCAGCAGCAGCAACAGCAGCAGCAACAGCAGCAGCAGGCCGGGAAGCAAGCAGCAAAAGAGGCGUUAGGCAGCAAGCAGCUGGCCUUCCAGCAGCAGCUGAUCCAGAUGCAGCAGCUCCAGCAGCAGCACAUUCUCAAUCUCCAGAGACAAGGCCUGGUUCCACUGCAGCCCACCGCCGCCAUGCAGAGUCUGCAGCAAGCAAUGUGUCCGUCAGACCUCCAGCAGCUGUGGAAGGAGGUGUCGGGGGUGCAGAGUAGUGAGGAGGCCCUAAAGCAGGUCGAGGGCCUGGACUUGAGCACCAACAGCUCCAAUUCUACCUCAGCCUUCCCCAAAGCUGCCAGUGCUCACAUUCCUCUACACUGCUUACCCAACGGACAGAACCACACCCCAAAGAGAGACAGAGCCAGACUGUUUGAGUGGAUAUCCUCCUUCACCAAGGCAGACAGCGCAGAUGACCAUGUCCCACUUUACUCCAAAGGCAGCCAACCUCCCAGCAGCCAUCACGAGGAGCAAGUCGGCUCUCACCCCCUCUACGGCCAUGGAGAGUGCAAGUGGCCCGGUUGUGAAGCACUGUGUGAGGACAUGGGCCAGUUCAUCAAGCACUUGAACAACGAGCACGCCCUGGACGACCGCAGCACUGCCCAGUGCAGAGUCCAGAUGCAGGUGGUCCAGCAGCUCGAGAUACAGCUGGCAAAAGAGAGCGAGCGGCUUCAGGCGAUGAUGACACACCUGCACAUGCGCCCCUCAGAGCCAAAGCCUUUUAACCAACCUCUGAACCUGGCUUCCAGUGGCUCUCUGUUAAAACGAGACAGCGACUCCUACCCAGAGGGUUUACCCCACCCCCCCACCUCAGCUGCCACCCCAAUCACCCCGCUGCGCCAGGGACCCUCCGUCAUCAGCUCCUCCAGCCUGCACACACACUCCCACUCCCACUCGCAUGCUGUCGGGCCCAUACGUAGGCGCAACUCCGACAAGUACUGCACCCCUAUCGCCUCAGAGCUCGCUCAAAACUGUGAGUUCUACAAGAACGCUGAUGUCAGGCCUCCCUUUACCUACGCCUCUCUCAUACGUCACGCCAUCCUGGAGUCCCCAGACAGACAGCUGACUCUCAAUGAGAUCUACAACUGGUUUACACGAAAGUUUGCCUAUUUCAGGAGAAAUACAGCCACGUGGAAGAAUGCCGUUCGCCACAACCUGAGUCUGCACAAGUGCUUUGUUCGCGUGGAGAACGUGAAGGGGGCCGUGUGGACUGUGGAUGAAGUUGAAUACCAAAAGAGGAGACCACCAAAGAUGACCGGAAGUCCAACUCUGGUGAAAAACAUGAUUUCAGGCCUGGGCUUUGGAUCACUGAAUGCCAGUUACCAGGCGGCUCUGGCGGAAAGCAGUCUGUCCCUGCUGAAUAGCCCCCACUUGGUGAGCCCUCCAUCUGCUGCCAGCCUCAACAUGCUCCACGUGGGCCAUGAUGAUGUCAGCUCCACUGUGGAGCAGGUCAACAGUAACGGUAGCUGCAGCCCCACGCUCAGCCCUCAACAGUACAGCAGCCACCCGGUGCAUGUGAAGGAGGAGCCCACCGAGGUGGAAGAGGACAGCCGACCAGUAUCCCUCCUGGCCGGCGUCACACACAGUCUGCCAUUGCCGAGCGACGAACGCGACCUGGAAGAGGAUCUUCCCACCGAGGAGCUGGAGUAGGACCGAUCCGCAGCAGGCCCGAGGGACAGAACUGACACAGAUUAACCCCCGAGCCCUCACACCGGCGUGAAGAGGGAAUGAUCGCAACAGUACAUUCAAGAGAAGAGAGAGAAGAGAGAAAAAAAAGAAAUAGCUUUUCGUUUGUUUUAAAGAAAAUCAAAGCAACCGAGGACUGCUUUGAGAAACUUAAAACAGGGUUUGAUAAAUUUUGUUACUUUCAGACGCAAAAACAAAACUGUGGAGCACUGCUUUACUGCCGUGUGUUGCUUUCACGACACUUGGCUCAGAGGUGUAACACCACUUAAUGCAUACACACUCACACGAAACGUGUGCACACACAAAAUACUCACUGACCUGCCAAAUCAUGUCUCGUUGCUCUCCCUGGAAAAGUCACCCACUUUAUAGACGCCUCAAGAGGUGUGGACGCGCACUCUGUCCUCAUCAUCCCACCACCUCGCACACACCAUCCUCUCUGCCAUCUUAUCCCAGCUGAGAAACGAACAGAUGCACACAGGAUCAUGUGUAUAUAGAUUUGGAGCAGGCACCAGGGGUAGGAUGUCUCCCUUUCUUCCCCUCGUUGAAUCAGUCAGUUGCUUUUUUAUUUUCUUUGAUUUGAUUAAGAGAAACUGAUGGGCUUCAAAACGAAGUGGAAGGAAGAGUGCUGCAAAGAUUACCUCCAAAACUUGUGCAGAGCAGGCUUCUGCAGGCGUCUGCACACGGCAAGACUGACCCAAACAGAGGUGGCGUAGCCCCGCUACCUGCCCACAACCUCUGCCAGCAGCUUCACGAGGGACCGAGGGACAUCUUUUCAAAUGCAUUUGCUUUUAAGUAGUAUAAAAGAAGACAUUUUCUUACCCAACUUACAUACCACAGUAAUCCCCCAGAAGACUGCAGGACUAGGAUGAGUUGGUGCUGUCCCUCUUCUUUCCUCCGUCUCCACACGGAGGAAUGAACACUCGGGAGAAAAAGAAGAAAAGAGGGGAAGCAGUGAGGAAGCAUCUACAGAAACAUUGUGACUAAAAAAGAAAACUGUUGAUGAUUAUGGAAUAUAACAAGAAAAAAAUGUGUGGUAGCUUUUGUCAUUUCCUUUUUUUUUCUCCCCUGUUUAUUUUCGAGGAUCAAUAUUUCAAAGGUGGAGUUCUGCUUUUUGACGUACCUUUUCUAAGGAUGCUGUUUCUUAUUUUUUUUCUUUUUUUUUGUAUUUGUAUUGUGAGUUGUUUGUAUACUUUGGUUGUUAACACCAUUCCACAUAAGUGUUGGCCAAAAAAAAAAAAAAAAUAGAAAAAAAAACCAUGACAAAAAGCGCAGUAUUGCCCCAACUUAUCUGAGCCCUACUCCCGCCUCUCUCCCUCUCUGUCCCAACUGUAGCAGGCAUCACAAUUGGAAAUAGCACUUAAAGUUACCAUUAUCCAGACAGAUUAUUUAACAGCUGAAUCGUUUUUCUUUUCUCUCUUACUCUCAUUUUUUGUUUUGGUUGUGUAUUUAGUUGAGAAAUAUCUGUAAUGCUUUAAAAGUAUAUAUAUAGAGAUAUAUAUUAUUACUGCAGUCAGAGAAUACCUCAUCCCACAAAGGUUCUGCCCAGAACUGUGUCCAAAUCCCUAAAAAGGAGUAAAGGGGGAAUUCUUUCUGUGGGACACCAAAUGUGGCAACUCUGCUCAGCUUCUGUUCAAAUCUCUAUGAUUAUAAUGGUUACUGUGUAGAAGCUAUGUUCAAUUCACUGUGUGAGUUUGUGUUAAAGGAAGAGCAUGUGAGAUUUGUUUCCUUGUUUUCCUCUGUGAGCAUCAAAGCAUUACUUUUCUCUACAGUGCCAUACCAAAUUUAACAUUUAUUUUAAUCUAUUAUCUGCUUAUUCCCAUUUUAUUUUUGUUACAGGUAACCAAAGAAAUAUGUAGAAAAACCAAAAACCCUGUAGUUUAUUUUGCCUUUUGUGUUUCUUUUUUUCUUCUUUUAUUUUAUUUUUAUUUUUUUAAAUAUCCUACUUGACUGGCCAAAAGACAACAAACCAGGAGUUUGAAUUCUUAUAAUUGUAUUCUUGUAACUAUUAUGUUGGAAAUGAUUUACAGUAUCGACCAUUCCAAAAACCAAAGGACGUAAAGCAAACUAGAAAUUGGGAGAAGGAUAUGAACGACUCAAAUUAGGUGUAAAGGCCAAAAAAAAAAAAAAACUAGCAUUAAUGAACCUCGCACAGUUCCUCUGAAAAACAAAAGACAGAGAACAGAAAAAAGAAAAGCACUUAAAGGUGAAACCAUGUCUCUCCUGGAACCAGACUCAACUGUGUUGGAAACACACCUCUGGGACUGGCCCCACUACACUCUAAAAAUGCUGAACAUUUAAGGCAUUUAAAAUACAUUUUAUGAAUCUACCAUCUGGAGAUGCCAAUAAACUGAAGGGCAAAACUUAUAUUUUGUCUCUCUUCGAACACCUGGCAUUACAAGGUACUUUUUCUGAGGUUUUUAGUAAUAGACGCUUGGCAUUCUUAAAUCUAGAGGGGAGAAAAAUGAACAGAAAUGCCAUCUUGAACUCUAUGUGCUGUUCACGAGAACAGAGCGUGUACUGUAAUUGGCUUAAACAAAGUCACAUCUUUGGACAGGAAGUUGUCAUAUUUCAAACAUCUGUUAAUUACACAAUAUAGAGGGAAAUCCUGAAAACAGUGAAAAUAUUACGAUGUAAGAGGAGAACAACCAAGGGACAUCAUGCAAAUCGAGUUUGGGUUCAUGUUUUUGUCAAACUGUCUCUUGCACUUCGGAUAUUUUUCUUUUCUUAUUUAAUGAAAGAAUAUUUCCAAAAACUUUGUGUUCAAACAGGACUGUUUUCCUGUCACUUUAAAAACUGGUUGUCUUACAGAGUACUAAAGUACAAAAGUGAGAGACAAACAUGUUGAAACAAGAUAAAAACCAAAAAUAACACUACCUCCUUUUCCAAACUGUUCAACACAUAGCCAGUGGGAGACUGAACUUUCUUAGAUAUUUUUUCCAACUCUUCCUCAUUGUUAAUAACGAAUGCCAAAAUUUUCUUGUUACACUCACUCUAUGACCAACGAAAUCAAACAAAUCUGGACUCCCUUACACAUCUGCUCGAGCCCAAAAACAUAGAGACAUUUCACUUUCCAAAUAAUUUAAAAUGACUACCUCUCCUUGAACCACACCUAAAGCACUCUCAGCGUCUCAGAAUGUGUUGUGAAGUGCCCAAAAUACCUUUUUAAGAGAAGACGUUUUCUAUUAGCUGUGUGAGACCGGCCACCUAAUUAGCACUGAUCUCCGUGAACUGUCUCUCAGCUGUUUGUGUGCAAAAGUCGCGAUCAGGUUUUCGCUUUCCCGAAGCUGGUCCUUAAUAGCUGUCUGUUGUUGCGUUGAGCUGGUUGUCAAAGUUCAUGAUUGGGCGAAUGUAUCAGUGCCACAACACAGCAGGGCUAUAUUUUCCUCCAAGCAGAGGCUCUGACCAUCCAGUUAUCCAAAGACCCUCAACACAGCAUCACCCCCUUCACCAAAACACUCGCAGGGACGCUGAGAGGACAGACAUGCUUGAUAAAACUAGUCACUACAACUACUAUAAGAUCCAAACCAAGAGGAACUGCUGCAGCCAGAACAUAAAUGAUUUCUGACUCGUGCUUUAAGGUACACCUGUAAACAGAGCUGUUUUAUAAAGAUGUAGAUUGUUCACAGGUCACCAUGUAACACUUCUGUUGUUUCUUCAGCUUGGCAUAGCAUGAUGUAUUCUUGUAUAUUACUGCUUGGCUUAUCUCUCCAGGGCUUUCUCUCUCAUGUUGUCCUUCCGUUUUCCUUUCUCUGUCGGGGUUUCUUUUUUCUGCACCUGUUAACUCCUGUAAAGCUUUCAGUUCAGACUCCUAUACUGUACUGCUCAUGCUGAGUAUAUGUAUUUAUCAUAUCACAUGCUGCAGGUAUCUUGGUUUAGUAGCUGUUGUUUUUAUUAUUUUGUUUUUAUUUUUUUCUUGUUUCUUUGUUUGUUUCCAUUUUUCAGUUCUUCAUGAAACGUCUGGGACGCUUUUUUUUUUUUUUUUUUUUUAAAGUGUACUAUCAAAAAAAAAAGAAAAUAAUUAAAGUUAGAUCAAUGGUUUAGGUAACACCUGUUUGUAUAUUUAUCUUAGCUAGGUCUAUUUUGAUACUUUUUUUGUCUCUGUACUGCAUUUAUGCAUUUUUAAGGAAAGAAAAACAACAAAUGGAAAACAAAGUAAAAAGAUUCUUCAUUAUGUAUUGAUACCUCAGAAGGACUUUUCCUCAAAGACAGGACCAAAACCUUUGAAAAGAAAAAGAGAACGAGGAAAAAAAUGUAAGAAUAUGUAGCCCCUCUCAUGCUUUAAAAAUGUGGAGCUCUAGAAAAGUAUUGCUGUUGGUCAUUUCAGGUGCCGAUAUGUGUCCCUGCUCCCUGUGACCCCUCCCUUUGACCCCUGACCCCGCCGUCAUUCCUGUAAAGAACUCUGACCCACAGAGCUGUCAAUCAUCUGCAGGUGCUAAAGGGGCCGUCACUGAGUCAAUCGCCUGGCAGGUGGCGUCUCGCCACAAACCUCAUCUCACAUCCCCCAGAGGAAGAUCAAAGACUGACGCUGCUGCAUUUUUGAUAACUCUUCCUCUUCAUAGUCUCAAUACCAAAAUAGGAGACAAGGUCUCAGAGAUGCAGCUCGUUCUCUGAUUUACCAAAGGCUCUGAGAGCCAACAUUGCUAAGUCCAAACUCCUGAACUGUAACCAAACUGUAACCAAACCAAUGCCACAACCUUAACCAACCAAAAAACCAAGCUACUUCCAAAAUUUUCCAUCAACUUCACCGAUCACAUUUACUGAUUAUCCUUCGUGCAUCCACAUAGCAGUGUUGCAGGAGCACCCUGAAGCCCAUUGGCUGGUGACUGACUCAAAGGACGCAGUGGAAUCAAAUCCUGAGGUGUGAUUGGACAGUUCUGAGGUGUCACGAGGGGGGGAAGGGACUCUCAAAGCGAAGCAUUGCCUGACGGUAUUAUCAAAUAGACAGCCAGAAUUCGAUGGAACUACCACUUCGGUUCUCCUCUGGUUAAACCUUAGGAAUGUGUGUACAUUUUCAACAGUGACUCUCUUUAUUGAUUUUUAGUUUGGGUUACCUGUUUACCUCUCUUUAUCCCUUGAUUUUUGUUAUGUGUCUUGAUUUUUGAAAGUGUGACCUGAGGAAGAGGUGGGAACAGGCACUGGGUGGCGACUUUGGACAGACAGUGGAGCCCAGGCCUCUGACCCUUCACCCUCGGGGUAGCCAUGUAAUGCCAGUCACUGCCCUUUCCUUCAUGCUGUAUAAAAACACACAUAUAUCUGUGUAUUUGUAACCUGAAUCUUCUUGUGUCUGUCCAUGCAGACAAUAAAAAAAAACUGUACAGUAGGUCUAGUUGCAUGUAAUCUGUACUAAUUAUUGACAAUGGCAUUAUAAAAUGCAAUAAAAUACUUAUUACACUG